AUGGAAGAAGGCGAGUUUUCGGAGGCAAGAGAGGAUAUGGCAGCGCUUGAAAAGGACUACGAAGAAGUGGGUGCCGACUCUUUCGACCCGGCCGAGGAGGAGUACUGA